GGACGGACGGACAGACGGACACCGAGCCGCCCCUGCAGCCACCGCAGCCACUGCCCAGCCCUCGGCUCCGACCCCGCACAGAGAUGCUGCCAGCCACGUCCAAGCUCUGCGCUGCCAUCUCCUACCGCCACCUGCGCAACAUGACCGGGCUGAGGAGACAAGCUGCUGUGGCCAUCAGCCAGGAGCUGAGCAGGCUCGCCAGCCACAGCCCAGGAGCCAGCACCUGGAUCCACCAGGUGCGCAGGAGAAGCUCCUUGCUCAGCUCAAGGCUGGAGGAGAAACCCUUCAGUGAGAUGGAAAUGUCUUAUAUCAAGCAAGGAGAGGAAGCCCUGCAGAAAUCCCUCAGAAUCCUGGAGGACCAGGACGACUGGAAGACGGAGACGGUGGCGGGUAACGGAGAUAAAGUGCUGAGCAAGGUGCUGCCGGACGUGGGGAAGGUGUUCCGGCUGGAGGUGGUGGUGGACCAGCCCCUGGACACGGUGUACGGAGAGCUGGUGGACAACAUGGAGCAGAUGGGAGACUGGAACCCCAACGUCAAAGAAGUCAGGAUUCUGGAGAAGAUAGGGAAGGACACGGUGAUCACCCACGAGAAGGCGGCCGCCACCCCCGGGAACAUCGUGGGGCCGCGGGACUUCGUGAGCGUGCGGUGCGCCAAGAGGCGGGGCUCCACCUGCGUGCUGGCCGGGAUGUCCACGACCUACGGGGCCAUGCCCGAGCAGGAGGGCUUCAUCAGGGCUGAGAACGGUCCCACCUGCAUGGUCCUGCGCCCGCUGCCCGGCAGCCCCUCCCAGACCAGGCUCACCUGGCUGCUCAGCAUCGACCUCAAGGGGUGGCUGCCCAAGUCCAUCAUCAACCACACCCUGCUGACCAGCCCUGCUGACCACACCCUGCUGACCACACCCUGCUGA